AUGUCAGAGAUUAUUGCACAAGCAAGGGCCCUCUUGGCUACUUCACAACCAGAAAAGGCAUUGGAGAUCCUUUCGCCGCAUAUUCAGGCCAAUUCAUCAUCACCAGAAUUUCUUUCGAUCUUGGGUGAAACUCUUCUCGAGAAUAAUCAACUAGAAGAAGCCUACCAGGUUCUAACAAGUGCAUGUGAAAUAGACCCAGAAGCAAAUCAGGGAUCAGAGAAAUUUUUGUAUUUGGGUCAGAUCAUAGGUGGCCAAGAUGGUUUAAAUUACAUCAAUACUGGUCUCAACAAACUCAAUGAACAAUUGUCCUUUAUUCAAGAUACAGGAAAUGAAGAUGUGCAAACUAUAUUAGUCGGUAGCGGACACAAUACUUUAGAAAGUUUACGCAAAUGGAUAAUCAAGAAAUUAAACUCUGGUAUUUUUGCAAGCAUAGAGAUAUGGAUGACGGACUUGUGUAUGGAAGAAGAAGCAGAAUCGAAAUGUAAUGAGUUGAUAGUGUUUAGUCUAUCCAUUGACCCGCUGAACCCGGAAGCAUAUUCACAGUUAUCAUCAAUAAGAAUCUCGCAACAGCGCAACGAUGAAGCGAUUGAGGCACUAAAUAAAGGGUGGGACUUGUUCAAAGCUAAAAAGACUAAAUUAGAAGAUUUUGCUAAUCUCAAAAGGGACCAAGCAGCAGCAUCAGUGGAUACAGAAACCGAAGUGGAUGACGAAGAUGCAUUUGAAAUUGGAAUGGAAUAUGUGGAAUUGAUCCAACCAUUAAUUACAUUGUCGAAAUUUGCAAUUGAGUUAGAAGAGUACGAUACCGCAACAGACAUUGCAUCCAACGUUCAGGACAUAAAUGACUCUGUUUUGGAUGCCAUUUAUAUUGAAGCAAUAGCUAAUAUAUUCAAGGCAAAAAAAUUGGGAGCAGCCAAUAUUUCUCAACACGCAAACGGUGAUGCCAAUGUUGAUUAUAGAGAUUUUGAAAUACUGAAGUUGAAGCAAAUAAGCGACGAUAACGAGGAAAUCACGAAUUUGCUCAGCGAGGCAAGGUUGAUUCUUACCACAGGUUUCAAGAUCAUCAACAGCGAUGCAGUCGACGACUAUGAUCCAUCUGUUGUUGAGCAAGUAAAUGAUUUGUUGAACCAGUUGGGUGGUCCAAUUAUGAGUGAAUUGAUGCCGAAACGUGAAUCGGAGAAGGACGAUGAAGAUGUUGAUUGGGAAAAUGAAAUUGAGUAUGAAGAGUAG